GGAGGGCUGGCUGCUAGGGUCUAGGAACACUCAGGAAUGAUGUCCCCAGGCUUAAAUCAGACUGAGAUUAUUAUCAAGACUGCAGUUUUGCAGCUGCAGGGAUCUGGUGGGCCAGGUGGGAUGUGUCCCAGCUGCAGGGGAGGAGCUAGGGGGUCUGGGUUCAUCCUGGUCUGUAGGAGGUGGUGUCAGACCUUCUGAGAGGGCCCCAAAGGCUGUCAGUCUGUCAAGAGGUGAAUUCAGAUCUGGCAGUGCCUGCGCCCAGGAGAGCACUGUCCUCGGUCUACACAACUGGACUAGAGGCUUCAGGCGAAGCAAGGUCUGAGAACAGCAUGUACACACCCAUCCCUCAGAGUGGCUCUCCAUUCCCAGCCUCAGUCCAAGACCCAGGCCUGCACAUAUGGCGUGUGGAGAAGCUGAAGCCCGUGUCCAUAGCAAGAGAGAACCAUGGCGUCUUCUUCUCCGGGGAUUCCUACCUAGUGCUGCACAAUGGCCCAGAAGAGGUCUCCCAUUUGCACCUGUGGAUAGGCCAGCAGUCAUCCCGGGAUGAGCAGGGGGCCUGUGCUGUGCUGGCUGUGCACCUCAACACCCUCCUUGGGGAGCGGCCUGUGCAGCACCGUGAGGUUCAAGGGAAUGAGUCCGACCUCUUCAUGAGCUACUUCCCACGUGGCCUCAAGUACCAGGAAGGCGGUGUGGAGUCCGCAUUCCACAAGACGGCCUCGGGGGCCACCCCAGCGGCCAUCAGGAAGCUCUACCAGGUUAAGGGGAAGAAGAACAUCCGUGCCACCGAGAGGGCGCUGAGCUGGGACAGCUUCAACACGGGGGACUGCUUCAUCCUGGACCUGGGCCAGAAUAUCUUCGCCUGGUGUGGUGGAAAGUCCAACAUCCUGGAACGUAACAAGGCGAGGGACCUGGCCCUGGCCAUCAGGGACAGCGAGCGGCAGGGCAAGGCCCAGGUGGAAAUUAUCACCGAUGGAGAGGAGCCAGCCGAGAUGAUUCAGGUUCUGGGCCCCAAGCCUGCUCUGAAGGAGGGCAACCCUGAGGAAGACCUCACAGCUGACCAGACCAACGCCCAAGCCGCGGCCCUGUAUAAGGUCUCAGAUGCCACUGGACAGAUGAAUCUGACCAAGGUGGCCGACUCCAGCCCGUUUGCCUCUGAACUGCUGAUUCCAGAUGACUGCUUUGUUCUGGACAACGGGCCUUGCGGCAAAAUCUACAUCUGGAAGGGGAGGAAGGCUAAUGAGAAGGAGCGACAGGCAGCCCUCCAAGUGGCCGAUGGCUUCAUUUCCAGGAUGAGAUAUUCCCCAAAUACUCAGGUGGAGAUUCUGCCCCAGGGCCGGGAGAGUCCCAUCUUCAAGCAAUUCUUCAAGAACUGGAAGUGAGGGCGGGUGCCCCCAGCCCUGCUUUCCUGCCUCCCACCACCAGCCUGCCUAUCCUCCACCCCAUGUCCCUGGCUGCUGAGUCGGCACCGAGGGCCCUCUGGAUGCUCAAUAAAGGAGACACAUUCCUUCCCA